UGCCCCGCCAGACAAAGUGGCGAGCUGCGACGUGACCGGUCCGCCGUUCGGGUGCCGCAGCCAACGAAGCCGGCGGCGGCGGACGCGAGCGGGACCCCCGGCUCCGAGGCCCCGCGGCCCGCGAUACUCUGGGCGCCGCGAGGCACACAUAACGUUACUAGAUUUGCACUGCAUUUUGGAAUACAUCUCCACUUAAAAUGCCACCUGCAAUUGGAGGACCGGUCGGAUAUACCCCGCCAGAUGGAGGCUGGGGAUGGGCAGUGGUGGUCGGAGCUUUCAUUUCCAUCGGCUUCUCUUACGCGUUUCCCAAAUCCAUCACUGUCUUCUUUAAAGAAAUUGAAGUUAUAUUCAGUGCAACUACCAGUGAGGUGUCAUGGAUCUCAUCCAUCAUGCUGGCCGUCAUGUAUGCUGGAGGUCCUAUCAGCAGUAUCCUGGUGAAUAAAUAUGGCAGCCGCCCAGUAAUGAUUGCUGGUGGCUGCUUGUCUGGUUGUGGCUUGAUCGCAGCUUCUUUCUGUAACACAGUGCCGGAACUUUACUUGUGCAUUGGUGUUAUUGGAGGUCUUGGGCUUGCUUUCAACUUGAACCCAGCUCUGACCAUGAUUGGCAAGUAUUUCUACAAGAAGCGACCAUUGGCCAAUGGACUGGCCAUGGCAGGCAGCCCUGUGUUCCUUUCUACCCUGGCUCCACUUAAUCAGGCUUUCUUUGGUAUUUUUGGCUGGAGAGGAAGCUUCUUAAUUCUUGGAGGCCUCCUACUAAACUGUUGUGUAGCUGGGUCCCUGAUGCGACCAAUAGGGCCAAAACCAACCAAGAUAGAGAAACUAGCAUCUAAAGAAUCUCUUCAGGAAUCUCGAAAGUCUGAUGCACAUACAGAUCUCAUUGGAGGAGGCCCCAAAGGAGAAAAGCGGACGGUCUUACAGACAAUUAAUAAAUUCCUGGACUUGUCCCUGUUUGCCCACAGAGGCUUUUUGCUGUAUCUGUCUGGAAAUGUGGUCAUGUUUUUUGGCCUCUUUACCCCUUUGGUCUUUCUUAGUAACUAUGGUAAGAGUAAGCAUUAUUCCAGCGAGAAGUCAGCCUUCCUCCUUUCCAUUCUGGCUUUUGUUGAUAUGGUAGCCAGACCUUCCAUGGGACUUGCAGCCAACACCAAGUGGAUCAGACCUCGGAUCCAGUACUUCUUCGCAGCUUCUGUUGUAGCAAAUGGAGUGUGCCAUUUGCUAGCACCUUUGUCUACAAGCUACAUUGGGUUCUGUGUCUACGCCGGAGUCUUUGGAUUUGCCUUUGGUUGGCUCAGCUCUGUAUUAUUUGAAACGUUGAUGGACCUUGUUGGACCCCAGAGGUUCUCCAGUGCUGUGGGCUUGGUGACCAUUGUGGAGUGCUGUCCUGUCCUCCUGGGGCCACCACUUUUAGGCCGCCUCAAUGACAUGUAUGGAGACUACAAAUACACGUACUGGGCUUGUGGCGUGAUCCUCAUCAUCGCAGGCAUGUACCUCUUCAUUGGCAUGGGCAUCAACUAUCGACUGGUGGCCAGAGAACAGAAAGCAGAGGAGAAGCAAAAACGGGAAGGUAAAGAGGACGACGCCAGCACAGAUGUUGAUGAAAAGCCAAAGGAGGCAACAAAAGCUGCACAGUCCACGCCACAGCAGAAUAGCUCCGGAGACCCUGCAGAGGAGGAGAGUCCUGUCUGACCUGUGAAGCGAAUAGUAGAGCAGUGUGUGACCCAAACAUCUGAAACCAUCCUGCUGGCCUCUAGUCUACCAGUGGUGCUUAAUGCAGACAGUGGACAUUUGUGUGAAAACCUACCAGGUGUUCAUUGGUGGAUUUUUUUUUUUCCACUCCUUACCAAUCCCUGAAUUUAAAAUAUACUAUGCUUUAGGUAGGGAGUGUUUGGCAAAGGAUAUGGGAAAGAAGUGGGGAUAUUUUGUUUUGUUUUGUUUUGUUUUAAUCUUAGCUUUUAACAGUGUCAUGAAGAUUAUAAUAUGUGCCUUAAGUUUUAGUUUUUAGAACUCUUUAGAGGGCCUUAACUUUUAAAACCAUUCUGCUGAAUUCAUCUAUUUUCAAUGUCAUUUUGAAAGGAAAAAUAACAACUAGCUUGCUUGAGGUAACUCUAACCUUAAUCUCGUUUUGUUUGUAAUGCUUUGUCAGACAUUGUUACCAGAACAUUUAUCAAUAGAAAUAUUGGUUAAAAGUAGGAGGUUUAUAAAAUACUGACUCAAGUAUUUUUCUAGCAUCAUAGUUGCCUGGCGUAUGUGCCUGCUAGGUAUAUAUUUAAGAAAUUUAGAACAUAUAAUUCUGGAAACAUCUUGGCUGUUUCAGCCAUAGUCUGUCACCUGCUGGGUUCCUUGUCUUCUCAGAUGCUUACUCCAAGCCUAGUGCUAGUGUUGUCACUAAAUUGCCACCUUUGCUCCUAUCCAGAGACAUGGAGUGGGUCAGAGGUUAUUGGCCAUUUUUGAAAUCAACUGAGAAAGUAUUAAAAUCUAUAAAACAUUUUUUCAACACGUCUGAUUUCACGUAGACAGGUAUUUCAAGCAUCAGCUGAAUUCAUCUUAGGUUUUCCCAAUACCCUAGUUAUGAUAUGGAUAUGAGACUCUUGGAAUCUGAGUGUGUGGGUUUGGGGGCUUUGGGGUCUUGAGGAUUGAGCCCAAGGCCACAAGCAUGCUAAGCGCAUGCUGUACCAUGAGCCACACCCCACCAGUACCCUGGAGCCCUCCUUAACCUCUGAAACUUUUCUCUUUUGAUUUUUUUGAUAGUUCCAUUUAUAUCCUCGUUUAGAGCUGUGUGUGAGAUACUCAGUACAGACAGGAAGUGUAUGCUAUUUGUUUUUUACAUUGUUUUUCAGUAUUUUUGAAAUCAAGAGAGCCAAAAUUUGGCCCCAAGGAAGCCAAUAAAGAUAAAAUUGGGAGGGACUUCUUGGGUGGGUUUGGUUUCAGUAAGUACCCACCUCCCUGCCAACACACACCAAGGCUUAAGGAGAAACUUCUAUCAUGCUUGCAAUUAUUUGACGUAGUCUUACCUCCGCAGUCCUUAGCUUUCUGACCCUUUCACUUCCCUGAAAUGUAGAAAAAUGGGUUCAGCAUGAGGAUAGGAGGAAAGAUGACCAGAUUGAAUUUUUUUUUAACCGAUGUCUUCUAAAUAGAGGCAGAAGGGAUAAGAUAUAUAACACUGAAUUGUACUCAAUGCAUUUAAAAUACCAUUGUAAUUGACAGGGUGAAAAUAGAGAUUUACAACCUUG